AUGGGCGUAUCGGCAUUGGUCGCGGAGGAGGUCCAGGGGGCCCCGGCCCAGGCCCACCUGGACAAGACGACCGCGGACUGGGGCCUGCACAGGCUGGCCGACGGGAUCGACCAAAAGGAUGCGGACACGCCGGACAACUGGAUCCCGCGCCACCCCAAGAUCCUGCGGCUCACGGGGCGCCACCCGCUGAACUGCGAGUCGCCGCUGGACCUGCUGCUGGGCGCGGGAUUCGUGACGCCGGUCUCGCUGCACCUGGUUCGAAACCACGGCGCCGUUCCCAAGCUGGACUGGAAGACCCACCGCAUCGAGGUCGGCGGCCUCGUCAACAACCCGGUGUCCAUGAGCAUGGACGAGCUUGUCAAGUUUCCUUCCAUCACCAUCCCGGUCACCGUCACCUGCGCGGGCAACCGCCGCAAGGAGGAAAACAUGAUCAAGAAGUCCAUCGGCUUCAACUGGGGGCCGGGUUCCACGUCCUGCACCUACUGGACGGGCGUCAGGCUUUGCGACAUCUUGAAGCACGCCGGCGUGAAGAGCCCCGACCAGGGCGCGCAUUUCGUGUGCUACCGCGGCCCCAAGGGGGAGUUGCCCAAGGGAGAGGACGGCUCCUACGGGACGUCCGUGACGCUGGCGGCGGCCAUGGACCCCAGCAACGACAUCCUGCUGGCCUACAAGCAGAACGGGCGCUGGCUGACGCCUGACCACGGCUUCCCCGUGCGCAUGCUGAUACCGGGAUACAUCGGCGGGAGGAUGGUCAAGUGGCUGAGCGAGAUCACGGUGACCAAGGAGGAGUCCAACAACUUCUACCACUACCAUGACAACAGGGUGCUGCCGCCGCACGUGGAUGCGGAGCUCGCGAAGGAAGAGGGUUGGUGGUUCAAACCUGACUACAUUAUCAACGAGCUGAACAUCCAGUCUGCUGCUGCCCGUCCUGCACAUGAUGAAGUGGUGUCUCUGAAGCAUAACAAACCGUACAAGAUCAAGGGCUAUUCCUUCACUGGUGGCGGCCGCAAGGUCAUCCGUGUUGAAGUUUCCCUCGAUGAUGGCAGCAGCUGGCGCCAGGCCACCAUCCAUCGCUUUGAGAAGCCCAACCCCUACGGCAAGUACUGGUGCUGGGUGUUUUGGGAUCUCACUGUGGAAACCUUCGACUUCACGCGGUGUAAGGAGAUCUUGGUGCGCGCAUGGGACUCCUCCCAGAACGGCCAGCCAGCAGUGAUCACCUGGAACGUCAUGGGCAUGAUGAACAACUGCUACUUCAGGAUCAAGAUACACCCCCACACAGAUGCUUCGGGCAACAUCGGGUUCCGGUUCCAGCAUCCAGCACCGAUCGAGUUGGGCAAGCUGGGGAACAUGGGUUGGCGGGAGGAAGAGCAUCUGAGGGAUGAGGCCAUCAAGACUGUGACAACGGAGGUUGCAGCAGUGCAGGCGGCUGCUCCAAAGCCUCCAGGGUCGAAGAACGUGUACACAAUGGAAGAGGUGUCCAAGCACACCACAGAGGAGUCUUGCUGGUUCAUCCACAACGGCAAGGUGUACGACGGGACUAGCUUCCUGGACGACCACCCUGGCGGCGGAGAUUCGAUCCUCAUCAAUGGCGGGCUGGAUGCCACGGAAGAGUUUGACUCCAUCCAUUCCACCAAAGCCAAAGAAAUGCUUAAGGACUACUACAUUGGCGAUUUGCAGGGCUGA